AUGAGGCCCAAGGAAGAUGAUGAGGACUCUGACGUAGAAGAGGACAUUGAGCGCCACCCGGAGAAGAAGGGAAUGGGCCAUGGAAAAUACGAUGAGGACGUUGAGUUUAUUGAGAAAGUGACUGGCUCUGGACCUAUUCAUCAAUCUAAAGAAAGAAUGAGUAUUAGAUUCACCCCGGCUAUUAACUCGGUCGACAUGAUAGAAACGGCAGACGAUGAAAACACCAUACUGAGGCUGGGUAAGAGGACUAUCAAUGCAGAUGCACGGACAAUGACUGGACACACGGUUGAAAGCACCUUCCACACGCCUACGACUGAUUUACCUACAAUUAAUUUACCUUCAACUGAUGCCGAGGCUAUUGCCAAAAGAUGGCGCCAUGACCAGUCUACGGGCAUGAACAUCCAGCAUCCUGACAGCACCACUGUCGGGCAUAUUGCUUACCACGCGACUUACACUGGCUCACAGUUUCUGGAAAAGCGAGGAGGAGGUCAGGAUUGCCAAGGAUCGUUGGGCUCUAAUAAAUCAUUGAAUGCUAGUACAAAGAUUUCCGCCACAGAUAUACCGGAUUCGCCGCUAGUCACGACAUGCUUAGAUAGGCGACUCUCCUCUCCUUCUGAAAAAACAUAUGAGGUAUUUGGGGCUCAGGCAUCAAUGUCUGAAGAUGAAGUCUCAAUCCAGAUACCUAGCAUUUCGAUGGAGAGCACGUCAUUGCCAUUACAGCCACCACAGGAUCGACUCAGGUCUUCUACUUCGUCCUUGACCGAGUUCUCACACAAUACAGAUAUUGAAGCGGACGGGUCAGGUAAUAUUGAUAGCAAUCUUGCGCAGUCAAUGAUGCUACCCUCUACGAAGAUAACGGAUAAAAAGAGCAGCUUUAAGCAGGCCCCAACAGUUCAGGAGCAAGUAAUCGCGUCAAGAGUAUCCCGCUCCGGCAAGCUAUUUGCAACAAAGAUCAAGACAAUUGCCAUCUUUGAAUACAAUACUGCCAAGAAACUGGGUAAGGGUAAUUUCGGUAUUGUCUAUCAAGGCAAGCAUAUCUAUGGAAAAGAAGAAGUAGCCAUCAAGAAAAUUACGCGGAAGCUUCCUGGUGAAAUUGAGAAGUUGGGCUUGGUCCAGAGAGAGAUGAGAGUUUGCAGGCUGUUCCGUGAUUUGACAGGUAUUGUGCCGCUGUUGGAUAUCAUUACCACCAACAAGCACCAUUACUUGGUCUUUCAGAAAGCUGAAGGGGACCUUGCAGAGAUGCUACGUACACGUUGUAGGGAUACUAUUGAUCGUCGUACGAACAGGGACUUGGGUCAGCAACCACCAUCACCAUCUUGUUGUCUAGGCACGGUUUUCAGCGUCCAAGAGAUCCAAACUAUUAUGAGGACAGUCGUCUUAGGACUGCAAGUUCUUCAUUCGAAGGGAUACAGCCACAAAGAUAUCAAGCCAGCCAACAUCCUCUUCCGUGACGGCCAAGGUCUUUUGUGUGACUUUGGGCUUUGUAGCCAAAAGCAUGAGUUGCCCGAGAACCAAUUCUUUGGGACCCAAGACUACGCAAGUCCCGAGGCCCGACGCGUUGGUGGGCAUCGCACAUGUGACUAUAUCAAGAGCGAUAUUUACAGCCUGGGUGCUGUAUUGUAUGAGCUAGCCACGGGAUCUGUAUUAUCCAAGGUGAUUAGCCACGGUCUAAAUUGGGGGAAGAUUGCAGAGUUUGGGGGAAGAGACUUUAGCGAGCUUCUACAAGGGAUGGUUAAUGAUAUUGAAAAGAGGUGGGAUAUUGAUCGAGUUGCAAGUAGUCCGUUUUGGGGCAAUGCGUCAUCAUCGUUAUUAUUACGCACAACAAAGUCAUCGACUAUGGGCGCGACUACAUGUGUGGGUAUGGCUGUGAAUGCUGACAGUCCGCUUUCAGUGACACCUGAGGCUGAGAAGAGCAGGAUAUCAGAGCACCUGAAUUCAACAAAGGCUGCUUUAUCAGCCACUCCAAUGAGCAUGGUGCCGCCAGUUGCCUGGGGGAUAGAGUAG